CCAGUUUGCGUCAUUCGCCGUCGUGGCUGUCUGUGUUCUUGUCGGAAGCUGUUGUGUGAGUUUAGGGUUUAGCUCAGUGCUGAGAAUCUGACAGGGAGUGAACCAUCAGAUGGGAUGCAUUAAACUCCGGGAAUGUGCAGGUUUUUAUAGUCAUGGAUGCUGAGGACAUACCAGAAUUUUCUAGUGCAGAUGAAGAAAUUUCCUACUGGAAGACACUUUCUGUGAAGUACAAAAAAAGUCUCAAAGAAGCACAGGACGAACUGGCUGAAUUUCAGGAAGAAAGUCGAGAACUGGAGGCUGAGCUGGAGACUCAAUUAGCACAAGCAGAACAUAGAACUCGAGAUUUACAUGCAGAGAACCAAAGACUGAAAUUUGAAGUAGAAUCAUUAAAGGAGAAACUUGAACAACACUAUGCACAGAACUACAAGCAGAUUUCUAUGUUAGAAGAUGAAUUGGUUCAGACACGUGCCAUUAAAGAUCAGCUGCAUAAGUAUGUGAGAGAAUUGGAACAGGCAAACGAUGACCUUGAACGAGCUAAAAGAGCAACAAUAGUAUCUUUAGAAGACUUUGAACAAAGGCUCAAUCAAGCUAUUGAAAGAAACGCAUUUUUAGAAAGUGAACUUGAUGAAAAAGAAUCCUUACUAGUUUCAGUGCAGAGGUUAAAAGAUGAAGCACGAGACUUAAGACAAGAAUUAGCUGUAAGAGAAAGGCAGCAAGAUGGAAUGAGGAAAUCUGCACCAAGCUCCCCAACAAUGGACUCUGAAAAAUCAGAUUCCUCUGUCCAGGCAUCUUUGUCUUUACCAGCAACUCCUGUUGGAAAACUAAUAGAUAAUGGGUUCUCUUCACCAAAUGUUAUACCAAAUGGUUUUAGUACCACUCCACUGACUCCAUCAGCACGAAUAUCUGCACUAAAUAUCGUUGGAGACCUCCUAAGGAAAGUGGGAGCUUUAGAAUCUAAAUUAGCUGCUUGUAGAAAUUUUGCAAAAGAUCAGGCAUCACGAAAGUCCUAUACAUCAGGGAACAUCAGUGGAAGCAGUAUGUUAACAAAUAGCACAAAGUUUACUCACUCAGAGCAUACCUCAUUCUUUGACAGGGGGCAGGAAACAGUCGUGUUCCCAACAUUGUUGAUGGGACAAUAAAUGGAUUCGAUGAAGCACCACCUACAGGAAUUGGGCCAUCACGAUCACCUACUGGUUCAGGAAUGCUUCCUUUUAGGGUAUGAACAGAAAGAAAAAGACUUUGCAUUCUCCCUCUUCUUUAUGAAAGAAACCAACUCCAGGUUCACUUGCCGUUGUCCACACAGCAUUGCAAAUUUAGUUAUUGUUAUUAAGUGGGUCACAUGUUAAGUGCCUCUGGUCCAACAUGUAACUCAAGUCUGUGAAAUGUAACAGAUUCCCACAGGAAUUUCCAUUCGUAACAGUUUCUUUUGUAUUGCUGCAGUGCUCCCAGCCUGGAUAAACAUGGACCCUUCUCCUGAGAUGCAGACCAUUUCUGUAGUUAACACAUACAUAACUAACUGCUCACAGUCUUUACUCAACUUAAUUCUGUUUUGUUUUAUAUAUAAUUUUUUAUGUAAAGUUAAUCUAUCCCGUCAGUUAUUUGUUCAUAAACAGGAAACUGUGUGUUACUGUCUGAAUGAAUUUUGGGAAACAACUUGAAAAGUCUAAGUGCCAUCUCAUUGUUACCUCAUAUCUCAAGAUCAGCAUAUCUGUAUUUGAAGUGUAAUUCACUGUUAAAAUGUCCUACAUAGUGUGACUAGUACUUUUUCUGUCACUUUGAAAUGCCUGUAUCUUGACCCACAUUCACAUUCUGUCUGAAAACUGUCACAUUUGGCUUUGUGUGCCUCAGUACGGAGAAUUUUAAAGACCACUAAUUCUGUAUUUUUUUUAUUUUUACAAAUGCUUUGUAACUGAUCUACUUUGAACUUGGGCUGUAGAAAUGGUUGAAACAUACCAGGUCCACUUUUGUUAUUGUUAAUGUAAUUUAAGUAUUUAUUUUAGAACUGUUGAACUAGUCAUAUUGCACUGGGCCACAGGGCCCUUUACAAGUAUAACUUGGAUACGAGAGCCAAGAAAUGUUACUUAGUUAACAAUUCUCAAAAAAAAAAAAAAAAAAAACUUUUGUCCUACAGUUAGCUUUAAUUUAUUAAGAAAUCAUUUUGUAUCCCUGAUUCAGAUUAGCAGGUUGUAAACCAAAGUACCAGGAUCCUGAGCAUUUAAUGAUGUUAUUUAUAUGUCAAGGUAGGCUCUACAACACAUGGCCUUUACUGUGAACACUGUUCUCACUGCUGGAUUUGCCUUGCACCUGAUUAGGUACACGUACUUAAGUGCACUUUAGUAAUGGCACUUAACCACUGGGAGUCUCACAUUUUAUCUGAAAUGUUCAAUUCUAUAUCUGUUUAUAUAUUUUUGAAGUGAAUAGGUCUGUUUUUUUUUUUCCUUUUCUUAGUACUGCCGCCAUACAACACUGGCCAUGGGUGGGAAAAAGUGAUAUCAGAGAAUCUUUUCUUUUUUUUUUUGGAAUGUUCCUUAGGGUGCAGAUGCAUAUCUAGAAUAAUGAUGGACAGUCCUCUGUGUGUACACAUUAGAAAUCUGUUGUGCAUUCCUUUGUAUUAUCUUAUUUGUACUGCAAAUCUGAUGUCCUUCACAUUCUGCUUCACUGAUGGGUCAUGGAUCCCAUCCCUAGAUCCAACUCUGCCACCUCCCACAGCAUUUGGCUUCUAGGCUCAAGCUCCUCCCGUAUCCAUAAUCCUCAGCCCCUAGCACAACCACCCCAUAUCUCGUUUGCCGCCGGUGCACCCAGACGUGGUUUCCAGUGCUCAGCUAAGUGAUAAUCUUAUUGUUAUCUUAUCUUCCUUUUCUAAUUUAAUUUAGUAUUCUAGUGUUUUUAGUGUGUUUUAUCUUUCUCCCUUUUUCCCUUUAGUAUUCGAGGUGCGUCAGCUUUGGCUGUGUGACAUUUCAGUUUGGUCCUUCGCCUUGGAAGACUUGUUGUGAUCAUUUGUGUUCAGAUGUCUUUUAAAGAAAAGAGGUUGUGGGAGUUCUAGUGUCAGAAUAAGCUUCCAAAUGGAUGCUUUUUCGUAACUUGGCUUGUUCAUUGAGGUAGCAUUUGUUAUUUUGAAGUAGUUUCGUUACAGGCAUUUUCUUUUGCAGUACAAAAGUGCCUUCUGGUUCCAGUUUCAGUGCACAAGCCUUCUAUAAUCGACCAUUUGCAGGGUCCUGUAGUGUCUGUCUGACACUGUGGAACCAGAUUAGUUAAGUCUUCUGUGUUCCUAAUUUAUUUUUUGAGGCUGGUAAGCCAUUAUCUGGUAUCAUUAAGCUGCACAUCAAAUGUGGCAGUACCACCUCUCAUGUAGCUGCUGACUAUGUACCCUUUCUGGAAAUCUAAGAAGCAGCUGUCUGGAAGCUGAACAUUUCAGAUGUACUAUUAUUGGAAAACAACCCAGAAAAGGUGACAGUAUUAGUGCUGCUUUUAACACAGUUCUGCUGUGAAUCACUGAGUAACUGCUAGUCAGCACUAUAACUGGACAAAACAAAUCAGUUGAAGCGUUGCCUGGAUGAGCCCCCUGUAACCCCCACAUCUCCAAAUACUAACUCUGUGUUAACAUAUCUGUUGGUUUAUUGGAGGGGACAAGCGCCAUCUAACGGAGAGGCCAUUAUGCAAGACUCUUAAAGGAUUUUCCAUUUCUUCAACUCUCCACCCUUCAGCAGCCUAACAUGCACUCCUCUGAAAUGGGAGCCACAGUGCCAGUUCAGUGACUAAAGCUAUUUAAACCUGUAUUUUGCACUUUACAUUUUUUGUGGAUCAGAGUACAUGCCACAGUCCGUAUGCUACCCACUUUAAUUCCCCAUCUGUAUUCGUUAUUACUACAAUGAAUCAGGCUACCUGUCUUCCCUCCAGGAUGGGUGAGCUGUUAUCAGCUACUCACUCCUACCACCAGCUAGCUUUUCCAGUGCUGGAACAUUUAUCAAUCCCUGCUCAUCUGGUUCACAGUCAGGGCUUUUGUUCAGGAGUUUAGGAGUAAAAGCUCCUUUUUGGCAGUUCAGGGUAUUAUAUGGGGUCAUGAAUAAUAAUUGCAGCAGAAUAACAGAAUGCAGAAGGUGUAAAAAUGUUACAAGGCACAUGUAAACUUUGCUGUAGUACAGAGCUUUGUAGCAAGGGGGCAGAAAACUGAGUAAAUUGCUUAUUCUGUCCUGGGCAAAUAUGGAUUUUAAACAUAAAUUUAGGAAAAUGAGAUGUCACAUAUGAGUUGUUAAUGGGUGGAAGAGAGAGAGAAAAAAAAAACAGAAUUUAUGCUUGUAAGGAAUAUAGUCAUGAGGACAAAUGCAAAUAGAGAAAGACUAAUUGUAGACAGGUAAUUGCUUUACUGCCCUAGUUAUACAGUUGUAAAAAAAAAUGUUAAACUAGCCUGAUCUCUUCCCGGUUUUGCUUUUGCUUUCCUUGUAACUAUAUCCAUUACUAGGAGAUAUUCUGAUAUUUCUGUCCCCAUUCUUCCUGUAAUCUUGGGUUUAGUUCUGUCGGUCUCCAUUUCCGUACUGUAUGACUUCUGGGCGGACAGUUAACCAGAUAUUUCUCCCUGAUUUUCACUGAAAAAAGACACUUGUGCCUAGUUGGCUUAACCAAUUUGCAAGUAAAAAAUAAAACUAUAAAAUUUUAAGUAUGUGAAAGAAAGAAAUAAAGUACAAGAAAUUAAGGAGUGCGAGCUUCAUUUCCUACCUCUUCCUGCAAAUUUGUUAAAUGGUUUAUUUUAGAGUUGUUUAUUCCGAGGAAUGAAGAAAGAUUACUUGUGAAAUGUUGAACCGCUUGGGUGAUUGAUGCACUGAAGGUUGUGAAUGAAGUACAAAGGUUAAGAGCAGAUGUAUGGAGUAACAUACGAGUGUCCAUGAAACAACUGUUAUAAGUGAAAGUUUAGCUUACUUUAGUAAUGAAUUAAGCCCGGAAAUACUAUUUGAUGAAUGGAGGCAGUUGCAAGCUGUACUACUGAUUUAUGAAAGGCUAAAACGUACCCAGGAAGAAUCAAGAGAAUUGCAAGCCUGUGGAUUUGAGUUUGUAUUAUGUAGGACCACAGAGUGGAUUUUUGUAAAGAGGAGUUUGGUGCUUUUCACUGGGUAAUGGUUUGAAAGCUGAGAAUCCUCAUGAAUAUUUUUUGCCUCUCUUUACCCCCCACUGCCUGUAGACCAUCAACCCAAUUUUGGCCAUUUCUCUCAUUUGCUCCCCUUCACCAUGAUGGUUUACUGGGAGGGACUGUCCUCUAGACUGCCAUGAAGGGGAUGGUGUGUUUCCUUCCUAAACCAAGCUCCCGCCAGAGCAUGAGCAGUAGUAGUCUUCCUAACCUACAUCAGGGAGACCACACCACCCAGUGUGCCCCCACCCUCUAGAAGAAGCAAGUGGGUCAUUUCCCUUCAUUCCUCUUCCUCCCUGCCUGACUCCUUCAUUGCAAGGGCCAUUUGUCAAACCCAUGUCACCUGGGCUGCAGUAAGGUCUUCAUUACUCUGCAGCACAGAGUCAAACAAGAAUCAGCAUGGGUUUCCAAGGAGAUCUUUUCAGUUUGUUAUGCUUUUUAUGACAUAACUAAAGAAUCAGAGGAGUAAACCAGUAUAUGUAAUAUUUUUAGAUUUUAAUUAACCUUUUGUUUUGUCUUUGCCCAGGAUAUUGGUGGGGGAGAUUAGUUUGAGGGGAAGAGUGUAGCAGCUAUAGGUGAGUUACUGAGUGAGAGCACUCUGUGGCAUUUGGAGUUGUAUUAGAGUAAGUCGUCAUUUUUUGGAAAUGGCAGUACCAGAUGGUGGAAACAGCCCGCCAAAUAUGAAUAUAGAGUAGAGGAUGACAGUUUUGCAUUUAUUUAUUUUUUUAAAGCUAUUUAUUUUUUAUUUAUGUUUUAUAGGGAUAUUGUGUUCACGGGAAGAAAAGAAUUUAGGUAUACUAAGGCUGACAUGAUAGAAUGUCAUUGAAGAGUAAAGGAGUUAGAAAUGGUACUAAAGAGGAUGACCAAAAAUGACAUAGGUCUUUGGAGUGUGCAUCCGCAUGAAUUAUAUAGGAGAGACUUGGUCAAAGUGAAGAGGAAAAGGUGUAGGGGGUGAUAUGAUAUGGGCAAAUGGUGGCUGGAUUCACAUUUAGGUAGAAUGCGAGGUCUUUAGUGGCAAAUUACAGGAAGAGAUUAAAAGAAGCACUGAAUGGCUUUACCUUUCUUGAGACUGGAGGCUGGGAAUGAAGAUAAGUUUGUUUUGGAUAAAUGGAAUGUAAUGGAACCUGAUGUGGAAAUAGACAGCUGCACUUGGGGCUAGAUACUAAUUUCAUUUCAAGUGACUAAAAAGGCACAUAUUGCUUUUUAUUUACUGUUCAUAUGUUGUCAAAUAAGUCCAUCUUGAGUUAUAUUAAUUACAAUAUAACUGAGGCUUAAUCUAGUUUAACUUGGGGAGAACCAAUUUUCAGCAUGCCAGUGAUCAUGUAGUGCUUCAUGUAAAGACAUGGAAGUUGGUACAUGCCCAUUGCAGAUUUUGUUCACAUUUACUGCUGUUAUAUAUAUUCUGUGGUGCUCAUGCACUCUGAAUAUUAUUUUUCUUUCUUACUUGGAUGUACUUUAAAUUGUAGCAUUUUUCCACCAAAAUAAAACUCUUGAAUACCUUUUGAGUCAAGUCCUAACUUCAGUAUAUUAUAAAGCAGAUGUCUUCCUCUGUUUUUGAGUACAUUUUGAAGGGAGAUCUACCGUUCAUUAAGCAACUCCCAGAAUUUUAACUUCAUCACAGUUCUGUAAAAUCACAGUUCCUAGAAUGAUUUUGUGUAUGUCGACUUUCUGGUAUCACGGUUGUGCAAGCCCCCCCCCCCCCCCCCACAAACAUGUAUCAGAAGUUUCUCUUUUCUUUAUGGUUGAGUCACAGUAGAGUUAGUACAUGUCAAGUAAAGAGAUGGGCAAAGCUACCCCCCCCCCCCAUUGGGGGAUUGCAGGAGGCUUGCCUUGCCAGCAAAGCCAGUUUGAUAGAGAUGUCGAAAUCUUGACAACUGCAUGUUUCAAAGUGUUCAACUCAUCCAGUUUGCUUUGCUGUUGAGGAAGGGAAUUGAGGACUUUGAGUUCACAUUUAAACUAUAAAGUUAUGGUAUAGUAAUUGGACAUCCUGAAAAUACACAAACUUUUUAUCCAGAAUGUCUAAGAGCCUUCAUGUUAAGCAUAAUUAGUACUUCUCAGAGACGGGGCUUUGCUAGAUGAAUUGGCACACUGUGCAGUCCCCGGAGUGGUGCCCCCUUCACCCCAAAUUUUAGGACUAACAGAAAAAAAAUCCUCUGAAUUAGAGGACAAAAAAGUUCUCUGAACUCUGGCAAGGAGCUUACACUACAACCUCCUUGCUGCAGUUACUACUACCACACACGUAGACACACACAUGCAUACACAUGUACACAUUCGUUUAAACUUCCAAGAUGUUUCCUGUCUGCGAUUGUUAAAAUGAAUGCAGGUACUGCAUUACUUUCCUGAUGCUUCUUAACAGCUUGCCCUAGCUGCAGUCCUGCUUAGUGGUUUCAAGUAAAUGUACUUACUACCAUUUAUUUCAUUAAGGUGCCUUCCUUAACCUGAAAAAUAUUUUGCCACAUUAUUAUUAUUGUUAAAUGCAUAUUCAUUGAUAUUUCUGUUGAUGUGGUUGAGUUUUGGAUUACAUGGCCAUUCCCUUAGUUAAUGUUUCAGAUAUUUGUUUUUCACAAAGUUUAGAAUAUCCUAGCAACACCAGGAGGUUGUUUACAUGUUUAGAAAUGUUAAUCUUACACUUUUUACAAGUAGCAUUGCAUCAAGUUAUUGGGUUGAGUAGCAAGAUGUUUUAUGUUUUUAACGUUUAGAAUGCUGCUUUUGUUAACUACGUUAGUGUUGAAUGCAGUUUUCUCUGCUAGAUGUAAAGUACUCUUUCAGCAGAUACAGUUGCAUCUGAAGGGCCACCCUUGUUCAGCUUUUGAUGCAGGAUGGCAAAGUGCACCAUAUGUUCCACAUGAAGGACUGUACUCCAGUAUUUCUUACAGAAUAUAUUAAAUGCUCCAUUGUCAUUUAAAAGAAACUUCAGAUCCACAUCAUAAGGAUCAUUGCUACAGUAAAUCUCAUUAUGACCAUGAACCCUUAAUCCAGUCUGUCCUGGCAGUGGGGCACCCUUGUGGGUGUGCUAGUGUAUGCAGUCUUGAACCAUGACUGUUUGGGUGAGCUUGUCUGUAAGAGAGGUUGCCUUGUGUACCCUUACUCAGUUAUUUUCUGCUGCUCACAGAAAAGCCAGUCCACUAUUUUUUCAUAUUGUUUGACAUUGCAGGCAUUGAUCUUGACACAGCUUUGUACAAAAUACCCUCUUUCAACAUAUAUUAGGUACAUAGUAAUUUUUACAGUUGUUUUUAAUAGUUUAGUCUGUUUAGGGAAGACUCGGGAUGCUGGCAACAGUGCAUGGGAUCCAUAGUAAUCCAUUUUACAGUUACUGUAAAUAAAAUUAAGUUGUGCAGCUGUGGAGUAAAAGGAAACUAUCUCACAGGAUUGGAAUCUCACCAAAACCACUGGCUGUUUUUUGAUCUAAUUGAAAUUUGGUUAAAUCCAUAUCAGUCAAGCACAUCUAUAUCUUGUGCAUAUUGUGCUAAAUUUAACAAGAAUAAAAAAAAUAAAUAAACGUUAGCCAGGAACCUUAAGACUUGUUUGAACUGGUAGUUCAUUUUCCUUUCUCAGUUUGGCUACUAAACAAAAGGUUAAUUUUAAGAUUUGAGAUGGAUAGAUUAUGAAUCGGAGAACAGAACAAGACAGUGUGUGCUCACACAAUUUAAAUGCAAAACUGUGAAGUGAAUUUCCCCUUGCCUAUGGUGACAUGCCUAUGUGGUGCCCCUUUUUCAGUGAGACAUCUCUGCACCUCGACAAAUGCAUGUUGCCUGCUGUGAGGUAUGAGGCCUCAAUACCCAUGCCCCCUAGCCUUGCAUGAACUCUUCUUUCCUGUUUGCACUCCUGGCAGUACAGUGACUACACUUCUCUCUGCAAGAAAAAGGUUGGAACACUUUUGGCUACCUAAAUGAUGGCCUCUUCCAGCUGACUCUUAUCUUGAUAAUGGAGAUGAAUAAGUCCUUUGGUCGAGAGGUGGCUGGAGACUGGAAGACAGUGGGGGCCAUAAAUAAACAAAAUAUUGCAUAGCAAUAUGUUUCUCAUAUCAGAUAUUAUUUUUUUUUUUCUAAUGUAACAGUAUUUCUUCGCAUCAGCAACGGGUUCCUGUGGCUGUGAGCUUCUCCAGAGAAUUUUCAGUUUUUGUGGUUUGUGAGUGCCUUUGUCUAUAACUCCUUUGCAUAUUAUCUCCACUCUUUUUCUCUUAGUUAGAACUUUGUUUUUAAAAAAAAAAGUCUUCCUUCCCACCUGUUCUACCCUUUAAUCUCUUUUCUCUGCAUCCUUUUCUAUCUUUUGUUCUUGAUAUGUCUUGCAAAAACCUCUGUUUUAAGAAAUGCACUUCCUGUGGGCAGAAGAUUCCUUUAUUGGAUGCCCACAGGGAGUGUGUUUAUUGUGUGGGGCCUAACCAUCUUGAGGCCCCUUGCUCCAUUUGUCAGGCUUUUCACCCCCAGGCUGUGGCAGACAGGAGGAGCAAGCUGGUUCUUAAAAGGUUGCUUCCUACUUCCUCCAGCUCGAGGGUGCCGUCAACUUCAGGGUCUCAACUCCUUCCUAAAAGUCUUAGGUAGCCCCAGGAGGGCAGGCAUCACUCUCCCGCUCAGCCUUCCUCUGAGCCUCCUAAGAAGGCUCUGAAAAUUAUUGGAACCAACUCAAGUCAGUGCCAGGCUUAGUUCUGACUUCUUUCCAUCUACCCCAGUCACCCUCCAUUGUCCUGGGGCCAAGCGUCCCUUCACCAGCUCCAAUUGUGUCAGUGCCUAUUUUGUUCUUAGGUCCCGAUUUCAUUCCCCAGGAGAUCUUCCAGAUCCACUUCAUCAGCCUCCUUCAGGUCUUCUCAGAGCCUAUCCUCCAAAGACAUUGGCAGACUGAUGUGGCAGUUCCUCGAGGCCCAGAUUCAGAUGGGGCUUUUGUCUGCUCUAUCCACAUUUGGUUAAGCAAGGAUUUCACCUUUCUGAACUUUGGCUCCUUCUCAGAUCCGCCCUUCAGUUUUGCAGUUUUUGAUGCUGUUAGUCUCUAGUGCUGAGGUGUCAGUGCCGAUAGAGGUUUCCUCUUCAUCUCAAACUAUUUCCCCACACACUCGUCUCCUUUGACUUCGGUUCUGAGCGUGUCUCUGAGCUGUACUAUCUCGGUCGUUUCCAGAGGGAGGGCAUCAACUUCAAAGCUUUCGGAGCCUUCCCUUCCCCUUGGGCCUUCAACUUUCAACAGCUUGGCUCAGACUCCCCUUUCAGAGCAGGGGGCUCGAGCUCUCCAGAAGGUGUCUGCUCCGGUGGCUUUGGUUGCAGUGGAACAGCUUUUGGUGGGUCAGAGGCCUUCAGCUUUUGAAGUGGUGGAGAGCACUCUCUCCCAGCCAAUAAGACCCUUGGCGCUUUCUGCCAUGGUACCUCCCCCUCCUCAUUCUGGUUUGGUGCUCAAGGUCUCCACUCUGCUGCAUGGCAGCCAUUCCCCUAAAGCCUCCACAAUCUUCCCCCUGCAGAACCCCUAGCAUCUUCCAAUACCUUCCUGGAGUGUCUCAGAGUAGGUCCCCCAGAAGAGGCUGUGUAAAAGGAGACAUAUUGAUUCCUCUACAAAAUUGGUCACCAUGGACACAGAUUGUGAGGAGAAGGGGUUCCAAAAGUCGCCACUCGAUGACGUCUCCUUUGGAGACUUUUUAGAAAUCAUGUGCCAGUGGGGUGGUUGGACAGCCCAGAACACUUCCCAGUGAAUUGGUGGUGUGGGAGGCUUUUGGGUCUGGCCAGUCUACUACCUGGAUGUCGUCGCCCCCCCCCGGUCAACCCAAUGAUUCAGCUGGUGUCUUCCAGGACUUGGAAAGAGAUGGAUACAGUAGAACCAAUCCCGAAACAAGCAGACAAGAUUCUAAGUGCCCUCGCAGAUCAGCUGUUUUGGGCCAAGGGUAUCCCCGUAGAUGCCAUGGUUGUGGACGCCACCAAGAAGGAGCUUGCCCAGGAGAGCUCCCCUGUCCAUUCCCUGAAUAGGGAAUCCUGAGCUUUGGACAGACUUGGCAAAUGUUCACCUUGAGGGAGUUAAACUAUUUAUCCCACUUUACGAGGUUACAAAGGAACUUAGUAAAGGAACUUUCUAGCUCGACCCCAGGGUCCAUGUCCACUGUGGAUCAGAAAACAUUUUCCUCUAGACUGACCACCCUUCAGUCACUAACCAAUGCAUCCACAAGAUUGAUUUCCUAUGCUGCAGAAGGUACCUCUAGGCCUGCCAGUUCAGGCAGUGGCAUGAGGUGUCAUGCCUGGAUGAGGCUGUGCAUUUUUGCGGAGCCUUUCAAACGAGCUUUUAUUAACGCCCUUUUUGAUGGCUCCACUUUGGAUCAACUUUUCGUAAGACUCUUUUCCAGAGUUAAAAGGACAGAAAGAUCUUGUCUGCCAUCGGAAUAUGUUUCUAUACCCCAGAAAGGACCUUCUCCAGGAACCAGCAUGAAAGUAAAAAAAAAAUGUGGUUUCGGAAGUCAUAGGGUCCAUUUCAGGGCACUCUGGGAGAAUUCCCCCCCCCCCAGGGCAGAGAGGGUAAUAAUCAGAAUGGAAGAUGCCACCCAGACAGCCGAGGGGAUCUGCAAAAUCAGGUGUCACAGGAAAUCUCUCAGGACAAGACCUUCCAGUGAACCUGAACAGUUGCUUGACUGUCCUCCUCUGGAUGCAGUCGGGGGGGGGGGAUUCUCUUUGUACCCAGAAGCCAGGGAAGCCAUCACAAGUGACAAAUGGGUGCUGAGUAUCAUGUCCAAAGAAUACUUCCAUUUCCUUUCUGGAGAUUUCCAAGAGAAAACGUUUCCUCCCCGAUGUUCCAUCCAAUCAGAGGGAGGACAUGGCACACACAAUAGAAAAGCUUUUGCCUAAACAAGUCAUUCAAGAGGUACCCCCUGAUCAGUUUGGGUCAGGGCUUUUACUCCAGAUUCUUUUAGUACCCAAAAAAAGAUGGGAGACCUGAGACCUAUUCUGGAUCUGAUCUGUCUGAACAACUGGAUAAAGCACAUGAAGUUCAGGAUGGUCACAAUCCAAUCCAUCCUGCCUCUCUUGAAGGUGGACGAAUGGAUGUGCUCGGUGGACCUGAAAGACACAUACUACUGUAAAAAAAUGGGCAGACACUCCAGGCAAUUCCCACAUUUCAGGCUGGGGGCCAAUUACUACCAGUUCAGGUCACUCCUGUUUGGUUUCACCACAGCCCCCAGGGUGUUCACCAAAUGCAUGGCAGUGGUGGCAGCAUAUCUCUGCAGGGCUACCAGAUUUUUCCAUAUCUGGAUGACUGGCUUCUGACUGCUCCAAUUAGGCAUCUACUCAUUCAAGCCACAGACUACUUACUACAGCUAGCCUCAACUAGGGAUAACUGUCAACAGGCAGAAAGAACAGUUGGAUCCAGUUCGUCAUAAAUUUUAUUGAGGCUCAGUUGGAAGCAAGGACAUCCUGUCCUUAUCUGACAGCAGACAGGGUAACAAAUUUCACAUCAGACAAAUUCUAAACCUCAGACUCCAGCAAUUUUAGUACUCAGGGUAUUGAGUUCUAUGGUAGCCACUAUAACUCUCGUACCCAUAUUACAAUGGAUGUUAGCAGUCCAGUGGUCACUAUUCAGGAAUCCUCCAUGUCCUCCCAUGAAACUUUCGUGAGUGUGCAAGGAAUCUUUACUUUGGUGGCUUUACCCUGCAGUCACUACUUAAGGAUGUCCGUUCAUCCUUCCAUCCCGAUCCAAGUCUUUGGGAAGCCUGGUUGAAUGUUCAGUGGAAUUUUCUCUUUAUGUUGAGCUCCUAAUGUUGUUUAGCUUAUAAAUUUGUGUAUUUUUCUCCAGUGUUAAUAUUUUUAAGUGCUCUACUUUUUGGGCAAACUCAAUCUGAGGUAUGUUGGUGGAGGGGCUAUUGUGGGUAUAGGGAAGAGCUCAAGUCAGGAACCUCAAACUGUAGAAAUGUGGCCAAUCUGUUCUGAGGAGCUGAACAGAGACCUAUAGGUUAAUAGAAAUGAAGAUGGACAAUGCAGGUGAAAUUUUUGGAAGGAGAAUUUUGCCCCUUUUGCAGCAAUUUCAUUCAUUAAAAUUUUUUAUCAAACAACUGUUUUUUGCACAAAAGAACUUCUCACAUGGUACUCUACAUUUCAUAGUCUGCUGCCUUAUAGGUGAAGUUAAGGACUUCCAUGGUGAGCUAUGCAUCUUGUCUCAGGUUUCUGUCUAUGUGUCAGUCAUUAACUUUGCUGCCCUACCCCCUUGCCUGACCUAUUUAUGUGCCCUCGUGUUACCUAGGAGUGGUGUGGGGUACCCUUUGUAAGGGAGAGGAAUUCCUUAUUGUAACUUCAUUUUUAUUCCAUGAAAGAGAAGUGACAGUAGUCAGUUAUUAUCCACAUGUUCUCAUCCUUUAUGCAAGUUUAGACUACAUAACCCUGUGGUGCUGGUCUUUGUAUGACACCACAGACACCCAGAACUGCCUACAAUAUUCUGUGCAUACUCAGCCUUCAUUGCUGUUUGAGACCUAGACUACUGGUUUUCACCAGUGAAAGGGCUGAGUUGGAUUCCUGGGCUGGAGCAAAUGGGCCAUAAGGCUGUGUCCUAGCCUGGAAAUGCCUAGCUCAUUUGCUCCUGGAAUGACUGGGAUGAUUGUCAGUAGUGGAGCCAUUAGGCAAGAUCCUGUGAGGGGUUACAAAAAAGACUGGUACUGGCCCCUCAGCCCCAUCUCCCAUGGCAAGAUCCUGCAUUGUCUGAGCUUGCCUUGUGAAUUAGGGUUACAAAAAAGACUGGUACUGGCCCCUCAGCCCCAUCUCCCAUGGCAAGAUCCUGCAUUGUAUGAGCUUGCCUUGUGAAUUAGGGUUGCAGAUGCUGCAUUUAUGCCUUUGUUGUGUGUGCCAUGGAACCACCACGUCUUAGGUUUUGUCAGUAGUUUGUAUUGGCAAAUACAAAUUUAGCUGAGAGCCCAUAUAGGUUAAAGGAGGUGCUGAUAUCAAGUUUUCCCUCUUCUUACUUGAACUAAAAUGAGUAUGUCUAGUCUGUUUCAUUUUAUUUGCAAAACUUGUGUCCUGGACAACUGUGAUGAUCAUUGAUCUUGUGCCAGGAGUAUCUUGAGUGGAUUUUCCUCUGUGUGAGUUUUAGCUCUUUUCUUGAAGUAAAUCAUUUCACCUAAGGUCUGUACUGUGACCCAGUAGUUAAGGCCAAAUCCUAGGGGGCAGCUUAUGUUCUCCAUGAUGUAGGAAACAUCUUUUCUGUAGAUAACAUGCCGUCCUGUGAAAGCCUUCAACUCAAUUUUUGUUAAUAAUUAAGUUGUAAAAGCAUUUUCUAAGAUAUUGAUCAUUCAUUUGUAAGUCACCACUGUUUUUUUAUGCUCCAUAAGUAGCAGUAGGUCAAGUUGUCAUCCUUGCCAUGCCAUGCAGUUUGAGCAGUUCUCACUUUGCAGCACUUUACCAUGGUGCUGAGUUUAUUGACAGAAAAAAAAACACUAGGUUUUCAUAGUUGAGUUUUACCCCCAAGACACUGUUUUGAAUGAAGAUGGUCUUGCAUUAUCAGGAAUUAUGGUUGAUAUGCAUACUUUCUUUAGUACUCUAGGUCAGAAGAUCUUGUUUUAUAAUUAUAUUGUUUGAAAUGAAGUGUACAGUGCUAUGUCCAGGUAAAAAAGAAAAGUGGCAAUUUUACUGAAAAAUUACUGAUAUAGACUACUGGGCUGCAAAUCUUGCAGAUUUAUGUAGUAAAGAAAGGAAAGCACACUUCGCUUGGUAAAUAUGACUGAUGCACCCCUAGUAGUAUCUAUAAACAAAUGUUUCCAAUAUGUCAAUAAAAAUAGACCGGUAGCAGAAUGUGAAUUAACAUAAACCUUAAAGAAAAUCUUCUCCAGGAUGUGUAAAAUUGCAAGAUGAGAACAGGUUUCUAAAGCAUUUAGGAAUAUUUUCCUCCAGUAUUUUGUUACUGGUUAGUUUAGUAACCAGAGUUUAUUGUACGGUUACACUAGUCACUUUUUUAAUUUAAACAUAACAGAUUUGUUGUUUGAAGGCCUAUUGCUUUGCUUGUUUACAUUUUUUGUAUAUAGUUUGUAAACAUAACAGCCUGACACUUUUGUACAUAACUUAGGCUUUGUAUCGUUAUUUAUUUAUUCAGAUUCUCUGUGACACGGUUAAUUAAAAAGAAUAUUAUUACAGGAGUUGUAUUAAUUUGCCUAUUACCGUGAUGCAAAUUGGAUGUGUAAUUUGUCAGCUAACUUCAAAAAUAAAGUAUUUUAAGUGUU